UUAUGAAAGGAAACGUCACUUUUGACUUUCUGUAUUCCUUUUUUCAUGAAUGUGUAAAAUCCAUCAAACACUGUGCUUUGUUAUGUGUUUAUAAUAUACGGACUUGAUUUUUUAGUUAGUGUUAAGUACAAUGGCAGAUUUUGAUGCAAUAUACCCUGACGAGACGGAACUCGAGGAGAAUAUAGAGGAGACACAUGUGACGCUUGUGCCUGAUCCGAUCGUGGUUCGAGGGGCUGGGAACAUGACAGUUUUCGGUUUGAGCAACCGUUUCAACGGGGAGUUCCCAUCAGGCCUGCAAUCCCGGGUGGCCCCUGAAGAGUACCAAGCAACCGUGGCUCGCAUCAACAGCGUGCUGAAGAAGACCUUGCCAGUGAACGUCAAGUGGCUGUUCUGCGGCUGCGUGUGCUGCUGCUGCACUUUAGGAUGCUCUCUCUGGCCAGUUAUAUGUCUAAGUAAACGGACGCAGCACUCUCUGAACAAAUUGCUGGAAUGGGAAAACAGUCGACUGUACAACAAGCUGGGGCUUCGCUGGCGACUCACGAAGCAGCACUGCGACUCCUCCUCCAUGAUGGAAUACGUACUUCUCAUAGAAUUCAUCCCCAAAAUACCCAUAUACAGGCCCGACUAAGCUCUCCAACUUGAGCGCCAUAGACUAACUUAACUGUAAAUAUAACACAAACAAAUCAUAAAUAACAACGUCAUUUACAAAUAACAAGCAAUUUGCAAGGCCAAGCCAAUCAAUCCAUAACAGUAAAAAAACAAAUAGAAAUUGUCAAAAUUUCGCGGAAAUCACAAGAUGGCGGCAUUGUUACUGUCGCGUACGCACGACUUGUUAGUUUAACAGCGGGAGGCAUAUAGCGGUGUCGUUCCUCACAUAGUGCUGUUUAUUGUAAAUAUAAGCAAACGGUACAUAAACACGGACAAAUAAGUGCUAAUAUUAAAUGCUUUAUGUGUAUAGGUGUUGCAUUAUAUCGCAAGCUUAGACUGCAAAUGUUAUCGCAAUGUGUAUAUAUUUUUUGAAGCUUUUGAAAGCUGCAAAAUAUUGUUAUCGAACUUCUGAUAUAAUAAGUACUGUAACUAGUAUUUUAGAUGAUUGGCUAAGUGCUAGUGCUAGCGAUAUGUAUGGAAACUGUUUAGUUCAAUGUGCAAUUGUACUGCAUCAAUACUCGAAUUUACACAAUUGUAUCUUUAUAUGAACUUACUACAAACUUCGUCUAGGACAUUACUUCAGAUACUUUAUAUCUGAAUGUUUAUGUUAUGAAGCACUUUUAUACUUACAAUUAUCUAAAUAAACGUAGAUUACUGUUUAGUAUCAGUUGGUGUAGUGUUUCUUGCUGGCAUUUGUCGCUCUGGAGUCUGUCAUUGGAAAUUGGUUUAUGCUCAAAAACAUGUGUAUUUUAUUACGUUUUUUUAGUUUCUUUUUUACGCUGACCUAUUUCAGUAAACUAAAUCUAAAAACAUUUCAAAUUGUGUCUGCAUACACAAAAUUCAUCCCACAUCCAAAGGACUACAUGUUAAUAUCUACUUACUUUACUGUGUCACUUUGUGUACUAUAUAAUACAUGACACAUGAAUAACAGCUAUAUAUUCAGAGUAAAUUUAAGAGAAUAGUUACAUUCAUUUAACAAUACCAAGUGGCGCUCUUGUCAGCGCUAUUUUUAUUCACAUUUAUUGAACAAACUUUAUUGAUAUAGGUCAGUGGCCAUUAUUCCCUCAAUUCAUUCUAAUCAUCGCAAUUGUUCAUUCGUAUUCCGUUCAUUAUAUUCGUUUAUAUCAUUUUUUUAAAGCGUAUCUUUAUAUUGCUUUAUGUGUGUUAUGUACCUGAAUGUCCACAUUAGUUCAGUAGGAGAUAGAACGAAGCAGUAGCGACAGUUAAUAUCGUGGAGCCGAGUCUAAACUAUAUGCUAGGGUAAUGUUUGGGACUGUGUUAUUAGAAGAUUAGCUUAUAUAAAGUUAUGUAACGUUAGGAGAAUUCCGCCCUCUUUUCUCUUUUCAACAUGUUGUGAAUGAGAGUAUCGCGCAGGGCCGACAUGACUUAUCAUCGCUACACUUAUCCCUAAUUAUAAGAUUUAAAUUGAAACGUAGAUCGCUGGGAAUGUUCUCUUGCCACCACACGUUUUAGUUAUUUAAUAGUGGUUGAACGCAACGGUUGAAAAGCGAACAGGGUAUGUUGACAGUAAGUUGUAAUUUAAGGAAUUGUAAAUAUUUUAAGAACUUAUAGAUUAUUUUUGUUCAAAUAAUAAUAAACUUCACUAAAUGUGAUGAAUA